AAGCACCUGCGCGGUGGUUGCCAGGGCGACGCGAGCUUCCCUGGGCUGCCUGGACCCGUGGGAGACACAGUCGCCUGUUGCAGACCUUGACCCCCGCGGUGAUCCUUUGGGGGUUCUCACGAUGUUCUUCUACUUGACCAAAAAAAUUGCCAUUCCCAAUAGCGUGAAGCUGAAAUGCAUAUCCUGGAACAAGGAACAAGGCUUCAUAGCCUGCGGUGGCGAAGAUGGGUUACUGAAAGUUUUGAAGUUAGAGACACAGACAGAUGAUGCAAAAUUGAGGGGUCUUGCAGCACCCAGUAACCUUUCUAUGAAUCAGAUUCUUGAAGGACAUAGUGGUUCUGUUCAAGUGGUAGCGUGGAAUGAACAGUAUCAGAAGCUGACCACCAGUGACCAGAACGGGCUGAUCAUCGUGUGGAUGUUAUACAAAGGCUCUUGGUAUGAGGAGAUGAUCAACAGUCGAAACAAAUCGGUGGUUCGGAGUAUGAGCUGGAACGCUGACGGCCAGAAGAUCUGCAUUGUGUACGAGGACGGGGCUGUGAUCGUCGGCUCUGUGGAUGGGAACCGUAUUUGGGGAAAAGAACUGAAGGGAAUACAGCUGUGCCAUGUAGCUUGGUCCGCAGAUAGUAAAAUUUUACUUUUUGGAAUGGCAAAUGGAGAAACACACAUUUAUGAUAAUCAAGGAAAUUUUAUAAUGAAGAUGAGGCUGAGCUGCUUGGUGAAUGUCACCGGAGCCGUGAGCAUCGCGGGGAUCCACUGGUACCACGGCACCGAGGGCUACGUGGAGCCCGACUGCCCCUGCCUCGCCAUUUGUUUUGACAACGGGAGGUGCCAGAUAAUGAGACAUGAGAGUGACCCGAACCCGGUUCUGAUAGACACGGGCAUGUACGUGGUCAGUAUCCAGUGGAACCACGUGGGCAGUGUGUUGGCUGUGGCCGGCUCCCAGAAAGUGGUCACUCAGGACAAGGAUGUGAACAUUGUGCAGUUUUAUACCCCGUUUGGUGAGUAUCUGGGUACUUUGAAGGUUCCUGGAAAGCAGAUGUCUGCACUCUCCUGGGAAGGAGGCGGACUGAAAAUUGCACUUGCUGUUGAUUCCUUGAUUUAUUUUGCAAAUAUUCGACCUGAUUAUAAGUGGGGCUAUUGCUUAAACACUGUAGUUUAUGCAUAUACCAAACCUGACCGUCCGGAGUACUGUGUUGUCUUCUGGGAUACAAAAAACAAUGAGAAAUACGUUAAAUAUGUGAAGAGUCUCAUUUCUAUCACUACCUGGGGUGAUUUCUGCAUUUUGGCUACAAAAGCUGAUGAAAGCCAUCCUCAGGAGGAGGAUGAGAUGGAGACCUUUGGUGCAACGUUUGUGCUCAUUCUUUGCAAUUCAAUUGGCACACCCUUGGAUCCCAAGUACAUCGAUGUUGUACCACUGUUCGUCACAAUGACCAAAACCCACGUGAUAGCAGCUUCGAAAGAAGCGUUUUAUGUCUGGCAGUAUCGUGUGGCAAAGAAGCUGACAGCACUGGAGAUCAAUCAGAUCACGCGGUCUCGAAAAGAGGGGAGAGAAAGAAUUUACCAUGUUGAUGAUAUUCCUUCUGGAUCAAUGGAUGGGAUUCCUGAUUAUAGCAAAGCCAUUCAAGGCACGAGAGAUCCAAUUUGUGCAAUAACUGCAUCUGAUAAGACACUGAUUGUGGGCCGGGAGUCUGGCACCAUGCAGAGGUACAGCCUGCCCAACGUGGGGCUGAUCCAGAUAUAUUCGCUGCACUGCCGGGCCCUGCAGCUCUCCUUGAACUGCAACUCGAGCCGUCUCGCUAUCAUAGACAUCUCAGGAGUUCUGACUUUCUUUGACUUGGAUGCUCGGGUAACGGACAGCGCCGGACAGCAGGUAGUUGGCGAGCUGUUAAAGCUGGAGCGGAAAGAUGUCUGGGACAUGCAGUGGGCCAGAGACAACCCUGACCUCUUCGCGAUGAUGGAGAAAACAAGGAUGUACGUUUUCAGAAACUUGGACCCUGAGGGUCUCACUAUGCAGUUCAGGCUGGACUUGAACUUACUUUGUAGCCCAGGCCGAUCUCAAACCUGCAGCGACCCUCCUGCCUCAGCCUCCCAAGUGCUGGGAUUACAGGAACCCAUUCAGACCUCUGGAUAUAUUUGUAACUUUGAGGAUUUAGAAAUUAAAUCCGUUCUUUUGGAUGAGAUAUUAAAGGAUCCAGAACAUCCAAACAAGGAUUACAUACUUAACUUCGAGAUCCGCUCCCUGAGAGACAGCCGGGCCUUGAUUGAGAAGGUUGGGAUUGAAGACGCAUCGCAGUUCAUCGAGGACAAUCCGCACCCCAGACUUUGGCGCCUGCUUGCCGAGGCAGCACUUCAGAAACUGGACCUGAGCACCGCGGAGCAGGCGUACGUGCGCUGCAAAGAUUACCAAGACAUCAAGUUCGUGAAGCGCCUGGGCAAGCUGCAGAGCGAGGCCAUGCGGCGCGCGGAGGUCGUGGCCUACUUCGGCAGGUUUGAAGAGGCGGAGAGGAUGUAUCUCGACAUGGACAGAAGGGACCUUGCCAUCGGCCUCCGGCUGAAGUUGGUGGAUUGGUUUCGAGUGCUUCACCUGCUGAAAACUGGGUCUGGUGAUGCGGAUGACAGUCUGCUUGAACAAGCCCACAAUGCCAUUGGGGACUACUUCGCUGACCGGCAGAAGUGGCUGAACGCUGUACAGUAUUAUGUACAAGGCCGGAACCAGGAACGCUUAGCUGAAUGCUAUUACAUGUUAGAAGACUUUGAGGGACUGGAGAAUCUUGCCAAUUCAUUGCCAGAAAACCACAAAUUGCUUCCAGAAAUAGCGCAGAUGUUCGUGAGAGUUGGAAUGUGUGAACCGGCGGUGGCCGCAUACCUGAAAUGCAACCAGCCGAAGGCAGCGGUGGAUACCUGUGUGCAUCUCCACCAAUGGAACAAAGCUGUCGAAUUGGCUAAAAGCCACAGCAUGAAAGAGAUUGGAUCACUGUUAGCUAGGUACGCGUCUCAUUUGCUGGAGAAGAAUAAGACUCUCGAUGCUGUCGAACUCUACCGGAAAGCCAGUUACUUUUUUGAUGCUGCUAAACUGAUGUUUAAGAUUGCCGACGAGGAGGCAAAGAAGAGGACGAAGCCGCUGCGCGUGAAGAAGCUGUACGUGCUGGCGGCCCUGCUGGUGGAGCGGCACCACCAGCAGGUGAAGAGCGCCCAGCGCGGGAAGGCGCCGGGCAAGAGCUCGGAGGCCACCUCUGCCUUGGCCGGCUUGCUGGAAGAGGAGGCCCUGUCCACGGCCAGCCGCUUCACAGACAACGCCUGGCGGGGCGCCGAGGCCUACCACUUCUUCCUGCUUGCGCAGAGGCAGCUGUACGAGGGCUACGUGGACACCGCGCUGAAGACAGCGCUUCACCUGCGAGACUAUGAAGACGUCAUUCCCGCCGUGGAGAUCUACUCCCUGCUGGCGCUCUGCGCGUGCGCCAGCAGGGCCUUUGGCACCUGCUCCAAAGCCUUUAUUAAGCUGGAAUCCUUGGAGAGCUUGAGCGCAGAGCAGAGACAGCAGUACGAAGACCUCGCUCUAGAAAUCUUCACCAACCACACUCCGAAAGACACCAGGAAGUCUGACCUGGACAGCCUUCUUGAAGGUGGCGAGGGGAAGCUGCCCACGUGUGUGGCCACGGGAAGCCACAUCACUGAGUACCAGUUCUGGAUGUGCAGCGUGUGCAAGCACUGUGCGCACACCCAGGAGAUGAGCAGCUACGCCUUCUGCCCGCUGUGCCACAGCGCGGUGGGGUAGGCCGGUGCACCGUGUGGACUGUGAAGCAGGCGCGCUGUGCGGACCUGCCGUAACGGUGUAACGUGGUCUCCGUUAGUCUCCCAUGAAAAUCACUUCAUUAUUUUAUAGUUAUAUUUUUGCACUAUAUAUAUACAUAUAUACAUGAAGACAGUAGAAUACUUUUUGUAUAGACAUACAUCCAUGAAUUUAAAAAGUUAAUACAAAACUUAGGAAGCUAAUCUCUUUUUCUAUCUAGCUAUCAUUUGUAUAUUUUAUGGCUGAUUAUAUAAUGCUGGAAAUAUUCCAAAUAAAUACUUUUCUACCAUGUCAA